AUGCCUGAAGAUAACCGUGGCAACGAGUACUCUUACAAGAGCUCUGGUGAAAACAGCCAGUUCAACUCGACUCUGACUGAUCCACAGGGUAAUCACUACUGCUCGCGUGACUACGGCUCUACGGCAUCGAACUCCAACUCUUACCAUUACUCCAACCAGGAUGGUUCCUACUACUAUUCGAACUCCGAUGGUAGCAAGUACUACAACACCGGCAAGGGUGAAGCUUCGUACACCCCUCCCUCUGCCCCAGCCGGGUCUUCUCAGAACUCGGGCAAGUCUGGCAACUCUGGAAAGUCUGGAAAGUAA